AUGAAGACCAAGUUCUGCAACGGGGGCGAGGCGGAGCCCUCGCCGCUCGGGCUGCUGCUGAGCUGCGGCGGCGGCGGCGGCGGCGGCGGCGGCAACGCAGCCCCGGCGCCCGGCGUGGGGCAGCAGCGCGACGCCGCCAGCGACCGCGAGCCCAAGCAGCUGGGCGGCCCGCCGCCGCCGCUCGCGCUGCCCCCGCCGCCGCCGCCGCCGCUGCCGCUGCCCCCGCCCCCGCCGCCGCCGGCCGACGAGCAGCCCGACCCUCGGACGCGGCGCAGGGCCUAUCUGUGGUGCAGGGAGUUCCUGCCCGGCGCCUGGCGGGGCCUUCUCGAGGACCAGUUCCACAUCAGCGUCAUCAGAGGUGGCCUCAGUAACAUGCUGUUCCAGUGCUCCUUACCUGACACUGUGGCCACCGUUGGUGACGAGCCUCGGAAAGUGCUCCUACGGCUCUAUGGGGCGAUUUUAAAGAUGAGGUCCUGUAAUAAAGAGGGAUCCGAACAAGCUCAGAAAGAAAAUGAAUUUCAAGGGGCCGAGGCCAUGGUUCUGGAGAGCGUUAUGUUUGCCAUUCUUGCAGAGAGGUCGCUUGGGCCAAAGCUCUACGGCAUCUUUCCCCAAGGCCGCCUGGAGCAGUUCAUCCCGAGCCGACGCUUAGACACUGAAGAAUUAAGCUUGCCAGAUAUUUCUGCAGAAAUAGCUGAGAAAAUGGCCACAUUUCAUGGUAUGAAAAUGCCAUUCAAUAAGGAACCAAAAUGGCUUUUUGGAACAAUGGAAAAGUACUUGAAUCAAGUGCUGAGGAUUAAGUUUGCUGGGGAGCCCCGGGUGAAGCAGCUCCACAGGCUCCUCCGCUACAAUCUGCCUCUGGAGCUGCAGUAUCUGAGGUCACUACUUGAAUCCACCCCUUCUCCAGUUGUGUUUUGUCACAAUGAUUGUCAGGAAGGUAAUAUCUUAAUGCUGGAAGGCAGAGAGAAUUCUGAAAAGCAGAGACUGAUGCUCAUCGACUUCGAAUACAGCAGCUAUAAUUACAGGGGAUUCGACAUUGGGAAUCAUUUCUGUGAAUGGAUGUACGACUAUACCUAUGAAAAGUACCCUUUCUUCAGAGCGAACAUCCUGAAGUACCCCACCAGGAAACAACAGCUCCACUUUAUUUCCAAUUACUUGGCUGCAUUCCAAAAUGAAUUUGAAAACCUCAGUAAUGAAGAAAAGUCCAUUAUAGAAGAAGAAAUGUUACUUGAAGUCAAUAGGUUUGCCCUUGCAUCCCAUUUCUUCUGGGGACUUUGGUCCAUCGUACAGGCCAAGAUUUCAUCCAUUGAAUUUGGGUACAUGGUAAAGGCAGAGACCUGAGCGUGGCCACAGAUGGGCACUACUCUUCCUCUGCAGUGAAGGUGAAGGGGCUUAGCUUGUAGCCACUGCCUGAGUAGAACUUGUUCUGGAACUCCACCCUGGGGGUGAGAAGGGAAGAGCUCGUGAGGGGAGGCCCCCGCUCCUGCCCCCUUGUGCUUCCCGGGGCCAGCCAGGCGGGCUGCUCACCAGUGUAGCCGCAGUGCGUGCAGGAAGGCUGAGAGCCCCUCCAUCACCAGCAGGAUGGCCACGGUCAACACGGCGAAGGCAGCAAAGACAGGAACCAGCACCACAGGCGCCACACCCCAUUCACGGCCCAUGCGCAGGCCGCUACGCAUGACCAUGGCCCACAGGACCUCUGACAGCUCUGGGGGUCGGGGAGGCAGCAGUGGAGGCCAGGGCCGAGGGGUGCCCACCCAGCCCCUGUGGCAGCCGGAAGCGCCCCCUUCCUGGUGGAGGACCUCCCCACAUCCUCAGGCUACGGGAUUCUGAAGCCUGGAGAAGUGACCCGCCCAGGCCCCCCAGCCAGCAGCUGCCCCCGCGGCCAGCCAACCCCCUGUGGCCAGGUCACUCACGAGCAUGGGCCAGGCUCAGAGCCCAGAGGCGCAGGUAAGAGGCCGUGUUGGAGAUGCAUCCCAGGCAGAACUCAAUGGUGUGGAUGGCCUGGUGCAUGAGCACCUCGGACAGGACAAACUGGGGGAUGGGAGGCAGUGAGGGGCAAGUCAGUCUGGCAGCCGCCAUCCCCCACACAUACUCUGGAAGACCACACCCACCUCGGCCUCCUCUGAGUUCCCUGGGCACCCUGCUUUCUCUUCAUCAGAGCCCCAGCCAGCCACAGAUGUGUCGGAGGAGUCUAGAAUCCUGGACUUGUCCUCAUCCUGGGGGUGGAGGGCAGGUGACAUCAGCAGGCCUCCACCACCCAGGAGACCGCGAGGCAGCGAGGCUGGGGUCAAGCCUCCCGGCAGCCCUCAUGCCACAUGCCCCCUCCCUCCAGCUUCUACCGGUUGCCGGCCAGUGGGCCUCCGCGAACGGCGGCGGUGCUGCCAGUGCAGGAACAAGGGUGUGCCAAGCAGCAGGACGGGCACCAUGGCCAGGGCCAGGACCACCAGCACAGACUGCACCACUUCCUGCGGGGCGGGGGGAGCUUGAGUCAGGGUGCCCUCUUCGAGCCUCAUGACUCUUGGGAGCCCAGGGAGCCUGCCGCCCACUCCUCCCCCAGGGCCCCUCACUGAGCAGGGACAUUGUGCUAUUAGGAAUCCUGGGGGGGAGAUUCCCUAGGGGAGUUUCACACGGUCCCCUGACCUCCCUGGCUCACAGCCUCAGGCCUGCAUCCCCGUUUUCUCAGAGGAGGACCCUGCAGCUCAGAGUGGCCCAGUGAUCACGAGGCCCCCUGAAGGGGUCUGGCGGGGCAGUACCUGCCCAGGGAAGAGCAGCCUGUUGGUGGGGCUGCGGGAGAAGAGGAACAUGUUGAUGAAGUGGAUGAGGAUGCUGGGGGCUGAGGCAGCGCUGGCAGCUGAGAUGCACAGCCACUUGUAGAUGACCAGGAAGACAAGGUAGCCGAACAGCCCCAGCAGGAAGACCAGCUCCGGUAGGGUCUCUAGGAGCAGCCGGUGCCACUGGCCAAAGUGUCUGUGAUGGCAGAAGGCCGGGGGUACUUGGUCACCCACCGGGCCACCCUGGCCCUGCCUGCCCCAGUGCCCCCUGCCCCCACCAGAACUCAGGCCCUCACAUGUGGUUGAAGACUCCCAGAACCACCCCAAAGGUCAUGUGGGUGACCCCAAGGAUGACGGACAUCUUCAUCUUGAAGGAGUUGAGGAAGCUGAGGUGGUUGACAGCCAGGCUCCAGACCUGGGGUGGCAAGAGGGAGGGGUAUCACCCUGGGCAGCCUGCCUGCCUGUCCCUGUGGGGCCUCAUUGGCAUCUGCCACCCACCUGCCCACUGCAGGGCAGCAGAAGGGAACAAUGGGCUGGACAGACAGGCUGGGCAACUGGGGUCCAGACCCCAGCUCUUCCCAGCCAGGCAACGUCACAUGCCUGGUCUCUCCUGUAUCUCUGUGUCCUUGUCUGUGAGACAAGAGCAACGCUAAUGCUCA